AUGUCGCUGUCGUCGAGCUCCAAUUCGCUGCCCUACUCAACGGACCAGGGCGGGUACAGCACGCACGACACGCUCGUCCUCCUCGGCAUCGGCUUCUUCGCCACCGCCGUCUCCAUCCUCACCAUCGUGCUCUGCGAGUGCCUGUGCUGCCGCGGCCGCCGCCGCCGCCGCGCCGGUGGCGGCGCCGUCGUCUACGUGGCGGCCAGGGGGCCGUUCUUCCUCGGCGGCGGCGGCGGGCUCAGCCCCUCCGCGGUCGCCACGCUGCCGUCGUUCGUGUACCACAGGGAAGAGUGGGCCGCCGGCGAGGCCCGCGGCGACAACGGCAGCGGCGGCGGCGGCAGCGGACGUGGGCGCGGCGACGGCAGCGGCAGCGGGCGCGGCGGCGGGUGGGCGCAGUGCGCGGUGUGCCUGAGCCUGGUGCAGGACGGGGAGGCGGUGCGGCAGCUGCCGGCUUGCAGGCACCUGUUCCACGUGGCAUGCAUCGACAUGUGGCUCCACUCCCACUCCACGUGUCCUCUCUGCAGGGCCACCGUGGAGCCCCUUGCUGUCAAGGAGCCUCCUCCCAAGGACCAGCCGCCUCCUCCUGUGUAA